AUGUUGUCUCCUCGCGCCCCAACCCACAGCGAGCCAUCUUCGCAAGAGCGCGAGUCCUGGCUCCGCACCUGGCUGCUUCCCGUGCUCGUGGUGUCCGUGUUAUUGGCCGCCACUCGGUGGGAUAGCCUUGCGUCGCCCCCUUCGCAAGAAAACAUCAUCGGUCCCUGGAAGGAAGCCGAGUUCCUCAACCGCACCAAUUUCGACUAUCACCGCCUAUGGUACGAAGAGCCCGACUUUUCCUACGGCGGGUCGCGCACCUAUGUCACCAGCGCACUGCCCACCAUCAUCGCCAUCGGAAUGCGCGUCUUGCCCGGCGGGCCUCCGCUGUUUGUGGUCUUCCACCUCAUGUCGAUCCUCAGUGCCGCGGUGACCGGCGUGGUGCUGUACCGACUGAUCGUCAACCAAGUCGGCAUCGUUGUCGGCCUGCUCACUUGCCUGGCACUCUUCACCAAUCCCCUAUUCAGCGGGCAGACCUACGUCACCGGAAUGGAACUCCCCAUGACCGCCUUCGGCAUGGUCGCCAUCUGGUUCGCGUGCCACCGCCGUUACUAUCUCGCGGCCCUCGCCGCCGCGGCAGCGUUCUUCAUGAAGGCCAGCGGCGUCGUGUUCUCUCUGGCGAUCGUCACCUACUUAUUGUUGCUGCUCAUCAGCAAUGCCCGCUUGCGAAAAGAUCGCUCGCUGUGGGCAGCCCUGACUGUGAACGCAUUUUUCACAGGCUUGCAAUACGCCUUCAUUCGAGCCGCGGGCAGUGUCAGCAAUCUUCGCACCGAGGAAAAUCAACACGCGGCCACCUCACUCAAGUCGCUACCUGUUUGGUCACCCGACUUUCUGCUAGUGGUGAUCAUCGCAUUCACCGGCACCUUGCUGUGGUUGACAUACCGGUUGUUGAAGACCCCCGUCGACGCCCAGGGGUCUGUCGGCGAUGCCAGCCCCCUUUCCACGCUGAACGCAAUACUGAACGAGAAGCCAUUCUUCACGCUCGCGUGGAUCGUUCUUUUAGGCGGUCUGGCAGCCAACGAAACCGUGGCUGUCAUCCCGCGCUACCUCGUUUUUCUUCUUCCAUUUCUUUACGCCGCUUUAGUAUUGUUCUUGGCCCAACUCGUUUCCAUCUGGUCGGUCGCGGUGAUUGCCAUGGCAGUUCUGAUUUACUUCAACGUGAUGAACACCCAUGGCACGCUCUAUCCCAGACUCGUCGACGUGUAUGGUACUGAGUUGGCCCGCACCGGGGCCUUGAUCGAUCGUACGCACGAAGUCAUCGACGAUCAUCAGGCGAAUCUGGCCGCAAUGCAGGCGCUGUCCUUACUUGCCCCGCACGAAGACGUCAUUGCCGGACGACCCUACCUGGACUUCAUCGCAAUUCCCGAGAUGGGUUACGCACAGACUGCGGCCACCGUGUAUGGGGCGAAUUCCUAUCCCGACGAAUUCACAAACGUCCACGACAUCGACGAGAUCCUCGAUGACCCUCCGUUCAAUCCCGUCUUUGUUGUGGUCGGCAACAGUUGGCUGCAUCUCGACGGGCUGUUCGACAUCCCACGCCCCGAGCCCGAGGACGAAAUCCUCUUCACCGAUGAGCAAGCUUCCCCCCUGGUCGUCUACAAGAAGUUCUGGCCGAACGGCCCUCACCUUGGGAAACGUGAACUGCAAGACUGGUAUCUCGCCCGGAUGUGGCCCAAUGCCCGUGAGGUAGACCGUAUCAAGUUCCGCAUCUCGUUCCUCCGCGAGCGAGGUGAUCUUGAACAGGCCACCGCAGAAGCCCAGCAGGCCCUGCAGGAAUACCCCCGCGAUUACCAGCUCCGCCAACUCACUUCCGCCUUGUUCUUCGAGCAAGGCCGCGUAGAAGAAGGCAUCGAUUGUUGUCUAGGCUUCCUCGAUCGCGAUCGGGAGCUUCGCCACCAAGACUACGACGCCGUGGUAAUGCACCGAUACGGUCCCGACGUGAAGCUCGAGUUGCUCAUGCUGUCGACCUCCGUCGAUCCCGCAGUUGAAACAAGCUACGAACAGGCCCUACAUCUACUGCACGAAGGUCGCCUGACCGCCGCCGCCACCAAAUUAGAAGAAGCCCUGCAGGCCGACCCCGACCACGUCACAUCGCUGUUCUGCCUGGCCAUGCUUCGCCAGAGCCAGUCGCAGCUAGAGGAAGCAACCACGCUCUUCGAACGCAUCCUCAAGGUCACUCCCAAUCAUGGCCCGGCGGCGAAACACCUGGCGCAAAUCGCGCUGGCCGAAAACAAUCUCGAACUUGCCUUGAACAUGGCCCAAACCGGCGUAGAAGCCCUGCCCGAAGACGCCCGUGCCUACCACACGCUGGGGCUGGUGUUGGCUCAACGAGACAACUACGACUCCGCGGCUCAAGCAUUCGAACAGGCCGUGGCCCUCGACCCCACAAAUGCAGAAGCCAAACGCGCGCUCGAAUCCGCACGGCAAGAACAGGAGGAGCCAAUCCGUUCCUCCGGCAGUUGGUGGCGUUGGGGCGUGGCGUGGCUCGUACUAACCGCCGUGCUUUGCAUCUGGCGGUUCGAGGUGAUCGAUUCACCGCCAUACUGGGAUUUCGGCCAGGGCCUGUGGUACGAAGCGAAUUACCUGGCCGAAACCAACUUCGAUUACCCACGGCUGUGGUACGAGGAAAAACGCCACUGGGAAGGCGGGGCCGACUGCUACCGCACCAGUGUCUUGCCCACCGUGGUGGCCGCACUCAUGACGGUCGCCCCACCACCGUUCGCGCAAAUCGCCUAUCACGUGCUCACCUUCGCCUGCAGCAGUGCGAUCCUGCUGCUCACCUUCGCGCUGCUGCGCCCCCGCGGAGGAACGGUGGCCGCCGCACUGGCCUGCCUGGCACUUCUCACCACCCCACUGUUCGGCGUUCAAGUCGACAUGCUCGGGAUGGAGAUCCCAACCACCUUCUUCGCGCUGCUUGCCCUGUGGGGCGUGAUGCACGAACGAUUCACAUUGGCCGCCAUCGCCGGUACGUUGUCUUUUCUCAUGAAAGCCGCCGGGCUGUUGGUCACCGUCACCACCUGUGCGUAUCUGCUGGGGGUGUUACUCACCUCCCAUCGAGAAGACGCCCCCGGCACCCGUCGCCGCUUCGCCUGGGGACUGGGUGUCAAUGUCUUGGCUCUCAUCUUCCAGUUCGCCCUCGUCCGUUGGGGUGGGCACAUCGAAAACCAGAUGGGAGCCACCCACAGCGCCGGAGGCCCAGGGCUAUGGCUCACCACCUACGUCUGCCCCGACCUGCUACUACUCAGUCUCGCCGCACUGCUUAUCUUCGUAGUCACCCUCAUUCGACUUUAUCAGCAGCAAGCCGGUCGUGUUCAUGGUCUGCUGAAUCGCCUCGUCGAGCUCACCCGAACCGCAUUGCGGCAAGAGCCGAUGCUCAUCUGGUCGGCCGUGCUUAUCGUUGGAGUCCUUCUCGCGGUCUCGCGGAUCAUCUUCCUCCCCCGCUACCUCAUCCUCGGCGUUCCCUUCCUCUACAUUAGCACCGUCAGCGUGCUGUUCGCCCGGCAGGGAGUACGCCGAGUGACCGUCUGUGCGUUGGUCAUCAUCACACUAUUGAACUUGCUCAACACCCAAGGGCGGUUCUUCCCCUCGCUCGAUUCGAUGUACGCCAAUGAAUUCGGCGCGGAUCCAUCGCGGCUGGCCCGAACAGGCGCGUUUCUCGAACGCAGUUGGGAAUACGAAGCCGAUCACUUGGCCAACAUUCGCGCCUGCCGCGCAAUUGAAGAGCAAUGUCAGAACGAUCCCGUCUUCGCCCCCACGCCAUUGCUGCACUAUCUGUGCUUUCCAAGAUUGGGCUACGUCAGUCGUCCUUUGCAAGGUUACGCGGUGAGCGACUUCACCCACUCCACCGAUCGCUUCAAAGACGCCACGAUACACGCCCCCGUCGAUCACCCUCGCCAGCCCGUCUUCGUUUGGGUGGGCAACACCUUCUCGCUCGUCUCGCCCCGCUUCGAUUUACAACCACCGACCGAGGGUGACGAAGUACUCUUCGACGACCAGCAACCAUCAUCCCUGGUCGUCUAUCGCCGCACCAUCGCCGCCGAUGAUGCCCAACCCCAGGGUCUGGAGCGUUGGUAUCUCGACCGUAUUUGGCCCACGGCCCCUCCGCUUUCCAGAACCGUUUAUCGCGCGCACUACUACCUCGCCACCGAUCGCCUCGAUCGGGCCGUGGCCGAAGUCGAAGCCUUCACGCCCGAGCCCGAAACGAAAAACGCUCGCGAGUUGCUGAUCGCCCAGUUUCAGCUUCGCCAGGGCAACUACUCCGACGCCCUCGAUCGACUGCACACCUAUCGCCAGGGCGGAGAGUCGCUCGCCGCCGCGUACGAAGCCCUGCGUCUGGAAGAACUCCACGCCGCGCUCGACCCCAUGCCCACCAGGGAAGCGCUGGAAAACACACCGCCCGGCGAGCUCAUCGAGCAGGCCACCGCCUAUUGGCACCGGGGCUAUACUACGGCUGCUUCGCAACUUCUGGAGCAGCUCGAAGACCAGAAACUUCCCCAAGCACAAUUCUUACAAGGCAUGCUGGCCCUGGAAUACCUGCAGCUUGACGCGGCGGUGAUGGCGUUCGAAAACACUCUCCAGCAGGCGCCCGAGCAUGUGGGGGCAUUGCUCUGCCUGGGCUGGUUGCGGCUCUACCGUGGGGAAUACGCCGAGGCCGAAACCGCGUUCCGUAGUGUGCUCGAACAACAGCCCGAGCAUGCCGGUGCCCAGCGGGGCUUGGGAAUUCUCCAGGAAAGUGCGGGAAAUCUGUCCCAAACCCUCGACACGCGCGAUGCCGUCAGCGACAACGGGGCUCGCAGCGCCCCGCUUCGCAUCAAUCGAGGCUGA